ACUUCCGGGGCGGGCCCGGCGGGCGGGGCGAGGCAGGCGGGGGAGGGGCGCGCCGGGUCCGCGCAGGCUCGCUGGGGCCUCAGCCGCCGAACCGAGUGCUUGACUAUAUAUGGUCAAAGCUGGGGGCGAGCCGCGCGCGGGGCCGCGCUUCCGGGUUCGGGGCGUCCGCAGCGGCAGCGCGCAGGGCAGGCGCGAGCUGGCCUCCGAACCCCGGCCUCGGACCGCCCCCUCCACGCCCGGCACGCCCGGCGCCGCCUUCCGGCCCCAGUCCUCCGGCUCUGCCUCGGUGAGGUGUGAUUCCCAGCGCGGGCAGGCCCGGGAGGCUCUCGGCGAGCGCGACGCGGUAACAAGUGGGCGAGGAUGCCGUACGAGAUCAAGAAGGUGUUCGCCAGCCUCCCCCAGGUGGAGAGGGGCGUCUCCAAAAUCAUCGGCGGCGACCCUAAGGGCAACAAUUUUCUGUACACCAAUGGAAAGUGCGUCAUCCUAAGGAACAUCGACAAUCCAGCCCUUGCCGACAUCUAUACGGAGCACGCCCAUCAGGUGGUGGUGGCCAAGUAUUCGCCCAGCGGAUUCUACAUCGCCUCCGGAGAUGUGUCUGGGAAGCUGAGGAUCUGGGAUACCACGCAGAAGGAGCACCUGUUGAAGUACGAGUACCAGCCUUUCGCCGGGAAGAUCAAAGACAUUGCCUGGACUGAAGACAGUAAGAGGAUCGCCGUGGUCGGGGAAGGAAGAGAGAAGUUCGGAGCAGUCUUCCUGUGGGAUAGUGGCUCUUCUGUGGGCGAGAUCACCGGCCACAACAAAGUCAUCAACAGUGUGGACAUCAAGCAAAGCCGGCCAUACCGGUUGGCCACAGGAAGUGACGAUAACUGCGCUGCGUUCUUUGAGGGACCCCCAUUCAAGUUCAAGUUCACAAUUGGUGACCACAGCCGCUUUGUCAACUGUGUGCGAUUCUCUCCUGAUGGGAACAGAUUUGCCACAGCCAGUGCUGACGGCCAGAUAUACAUCUAUGACGGGAAGACUGGGGAGAAGGUGUGCGCGCUGGGCGGAAGCAAGGCCCACGACGGCGGGAUUUAUGCCAUUAGUUGGAGUCCUGACAGCACCCAUUUGCUUUCUGCUUCUGGGGACAAAACUUCCAAGAUCUGGGAUGUUAACGUGAAUUCCGUGGUCAGCGUGUUUCCCAUGGGCUCCACGGUUCUGGACCAGCAGCUGGGCUGCCUGUGGCAGAAGGACCACCUGCUCAGUGUCUCCCUGUCCGGGUACAUCAACUAUCUGGACAGAAACAACCCCAGCAAGCCCCUGCGCGUCAUCAAGGGUCACAGUAAAUCGAUCCAGUGUCUGACGGUGCAUAAAAACGGCGGCAAGUCCUACAUCUACUCCGGGAGCCACGAUGGACACAUUAAUUACUGGGAUUCAGAGACAGGGGAGAACGACUCCUUCGCUGGGAAGGGCCACACGAACCAGGUGUCCAGGAUGACCGUGGACGAGUCGGGGCAGCUCAUCAGCUGUAGCAUGGACGACACCGUGCGGUACACCAACCUCACGCUGCGGGACUACAGUGGACAAGGAGUCGUGAAACUGGACGUUCAGCCAAAGUGCGUCGCUGUGGGCCCCGGCGGAUACGCUGUGGUCGUGUGCAUCGGGCAGAUCGUCCUACUGAAGGAUCAGAGGAAGUGCUUCAGCAUCGACAGCCCCGGCUACGAGCCUGAAGUUGUGGCAGUGCACCCAGGCGGGGACACGGUGGCGGUUGGGGGUGCGGAUGGCAAUGUCCGCCUGUACUCCAUCCUGGGUACCACGCUGAAGGAUGAGGGCAAGCUCCUAGAGGCCAAGGGCCCCGUGACCGACAUGGCCUACUCCCACGAUGGCGCCUUCCUUGCCGUGUGCGACGCCAGCAAGGUGGUCACAGUGUUCAGCGUUGCUGACGGCUACUCGGAGAACAAUGUUUUUUAUGGACACCAUGCAAAAAUCGUCUGCCUGGCCUGGUCCCCAGACAAUGAACACUUUGCCUCCGGUGGCAUGGACAUGAUGGUGUACGUCUGGACCCUGAGUGACCCGGAAACCAGAGUCAAGAUCCAAGAUGCACACCGGCUGCACCAUGUCAGCAGCCUGGCCUGGCUGGAUGAGCACACACUGGUCACCACCUCCCACGAUGCCUCUGUCAAGGAGUGGACAAUCACCUACUGAGGAGCCCCACCCCCGCCUCUGGACGGACCUAAUCAGGGACUAGAGUUUAACUGCAGUGGAACAUGUCAUUUCUCUAUUUCUGUGACGCGCCCCCUUGCCCCUGCCCCACCGCAAGAGGCAGUAGGGCCCCGUCAUGACCCUCGUCUCUGCAGGGUGUCUGUACACGUUCUUCUGAAAGCUUUAGACAGGAACAGUUUGCACAUGAAAAAUAAAGUGAGCACUUAAACAAUGUGUGGAGCGUAACUAAAACCCACAGCCCAACCAAACCUUGAGAAUGCAGAACAUUCCAGAGGCAGUGGCCUCCAAAGCACACAGAGCCCCCGGCCCCGGCGUGGCUCUCUCUCACUGUUGGUCAGGGGAGAUCGUACAGGUGAAUGAGCUGGGGCUCACCUUCCUACCUACAGAACAUUUCUGUACUAGUGAGAAGAGGGAAUAUGCGUUGCAGUUCAGCAAAGCCAGAAUUCUGUGUUGAGCAGAUGUCUGUCUCUUCCUAGCGUGUGACUCACACCGUGUGGCUGCCUUCAGAGAGCCACCCCCAGAUCAGAUGGGGACAUACAACCCCUGGAUAUGUUUCAUUGUCAGACUUUGUGCUUGAUUUUAAGAAUGGAAUUGUGGGGGUUUUUUGUUUUUUUGGGUUUUUUUUUUAUUAAUAUAUUUUAACUGUUGCCUGUCAGUGUUUACAAACUAGUGCGUUGACGGCACCGUGUUCAGGUUUUUAGAACCCUUGUUAGCCAGACCGAGGUGUCCUGGUCACUGUUUUACCAUCAUGGUUUGAUGUUCUCCUGUCUUUCUCUCCGUCUUCUGCUCCCAGGAGCAAAGGUUAAUUUAAGGGCAAAGAUGAAGUCACUGUAAACUAAUCUGUCACCGUUUUUAUCUUUUCUUUUUCAGUGCAGAAAUUAAAAGUAAGUAUAAAGCACCGUGAUUGGGAGUGUUUUUGCGUGUGUCGGAAUCACUGGUAAAUAUUGGCUAAGAACAAUCCCUCCCUUGCACUUGUGAAAACACUGAGCGCUUUAAGAGAUUAGCCUGAGAAAUAAUUAAAUAUCUUUUCUCUUCA